AUGACGGUAAAUAAGAGUAUACAUGUUUUUAAUUUUUGGAUUAGACUUGUAACAGGUGCAUCACGAGGGAUUGGGAAAGCGAUAGUAGAAGAGUUGCUUGAGUGUUAUAGUGACACUUUUAUUAUUGCAGUUGUUCGGCUUAAAAAGUCUAUAUUUGAUUUAGAGGAGAAAUUUAAGUCUCGAAUAGUAAUUGUUGAAGGAGAUCUUAAAGAUCCAGAAACAUGUAUUUUAGCAGUAGAUACUGCAAUAGAGCGGUUUGGACGGUUGGAUUCGUUGGUUUUGAAUGCGGGCAUUAUAGAGCCAGUUGGGAAUAUUGUAGAUACUGAUCUCGAUGCUUGGAAAGCAUUGUUUGAUGUGAAUUAUUUUUCUCUCUUAUAUAUGUUAAAAAGGGCAAUUCCAUAUCUACGGUUGUCUUGCGGUAGAGUACUUUUUAUUUCUUCUGGUGCAUCUAUAAAGCCAUAUCAAAGUAUGGGUGCAUAUAGUGGGUCAAAAAGUGCUAUGAAUAGUUUGUCUGCGGUUUUGGCAGCUGAAGAAAAAUUAAUUACUUCUAUUUCUAUCCAACCAGGGGUGGUAGAUACUCAGAUGCAAACAUCUUUAAGAGAAGUUUAUUCAUCAAAGUUAGAUCAAGUUACAUAUACAAGAUUUAAAGAUAUUUAUAAGAGAGGUUUAUUGAUGCCUCCUAGAAAAGUUGGAAAAACUAUUGCAAGUCUCUGUCUACAUGCAAAAAAGGAAUUAAGUGGAAGACUUGUUAGAUAUGACGAUGAUGAAUUGGCUGAAUAUCGAAAUAUUGAUUAA